UUUUGUUGGCAACAGUUGCUAUCUGACGUAUGUAACCGUUUAUCUGUCAAAAUCAAAAUUCUAAAUCAAAACAAACGUGGAUGGUUUUAGUACAAAAUUUGCUGUUUUAUUAGUUUAACAAAGUGUAAGGAUUUGAAAAUUAAAAACGAUGAAGUUGUUUAUAUUUAGUUUAUUUAUUUUCUGUAUAAAUGCUAAAACUUCUGCACCCGUUUAUCAUUUGGAACAAGGAGUAAAUGUUAAAAUAGAAUCAAGCUUUACAAAACGUUUGAACAUAUUUUGCUACUAUGGCAAGCCAAAGUAUAUAAUUCAUCUAUGGCAAACAGUUUUGUUUAAAAUAAAUCAUCCAUCUAAGGAUUAUUCGCGAUAUGAUGGUCCUACAGAGGAAAUUGUUGAAAAAGAAUAUAUGAAAAAACAUUAUAGUUGGUCACUGAAUAUUUUUUCAACACAAGAAAGAAAUGUUAAGUUGAAUCCAUUUAAUGACAGCUGCAUUGGUAUUGAAUCUAAAGAAGCUUACAAUGUUACUUUUAAUAUUAUUAGAAUUGAUUUGUGGAAGCUACUGUACUUAAUUUUUGGGGUUUUAUUAUUUAUUUCCGCACCCCAGCUUAGCAAAAAUACGAUUUUUUAUUAUGUUUGUGGUAUUAUUUUUGGAAUUUGCACUUCUCUUUUGAUUUUGAUUUAUAUUGCCAGUAAAAUAAUUCCUAGGAAACCUUUUAUGUAUGGUGUUUUGGGUUGUGGCUGGACAGUAGUUAUCUAUGUGCUGCAAAUACUUUGGGACAACAUUCGAAUGAUUUUAGAACAUUAUAAGCUUUAUGUUAUUUGGUAUAUGUUAGCAACAGGAUUUAUAAGCUUUAUUUUAUGUUACAGAUGGGGUCCUGUAGAAAAUGAAAGGACAAUAAAUCUAAUAAAAUGGAGUUUACAAAUUACUGGAUUAACUUUAAUGUUUUUUAGCAGCCAUUUUCAGGAAGCUGCAAUGGCUCAAAUUGUUGUUUUAAUUUUGUUUUAUAAUAUUCCAAAAUCGUGGUUUUUGGUACCCAAAAGAUAUUGGGUCAGAAAGUUCCCUCCAAAAGUAAAACUUUUGACUAAUGAUGAGUAUUAUGAAGAGGGGGUUAAGGAGACAAAAAAAGCCUUGGAAGAAUUAAGAAAUUUUUGCUCCAGUCCUGAGUGCAAUCAAUGGAAAAUGGCGCUAAAAUUACAUAAUGUAAAAAGAUUUGCCUCCUUCGUUGAAGGUAAUUCUCAUUUAAGUGAUGAUGAAAUUUUAGAGUAUGAAACUUCAAUUCAAGGAGGUUUGACUGAUGAAGAAGAUGAAAAUUAUACUGAUGAAGACUGAUUUUGUUAAGUAUAACUUAAUAUUUUUAAUGUAAUUUCGACUGUGCAAAAUUGUAAAAUAAAAAUGGUAUUUUUAAUAA